AUGAAUACUUCUGAAGAACCAUCGAGUGUUGAAAAGCACAUGCUGAAUGAAUCAACGCCGACAUGGAAGAUCAUAGCCGUGGCGUCGAUCGCGGCGGGGGUGCAAUUUGGAUGGGCGCUCCAACUCUCACUAUUAACACCUUACGUACAACUUCUUGGUGUUAGCCAUACCAUGUCGUCGUUAAUAUGGUUAUGUGGUCCAGUUUCGGGUAUCGUGGUACAACCUACGGUUGGGUAUAUAAGUGACCGAUUGACAUCGAAAUAUGGACGUCGAAAACCUUUUAUUACUAGUGGUACUAUCUUGAUUUGCCUUGCUGUGUUGUUGAUUGGAUAUGCAGCUGAUAUAGGUCAUAGUUUUGGUGAUGACCUUUCUAAGAAGACUAAGCCUAGAGCUGUUGCACUUUUUGUUAUUGGUUUUUGGAUACUUGAUAUUGCCAAUAACAUGGUUCAGGAUCCAAGUAGAGCAUUUUUAGCAGAUCUAUCAAGACAUGACCAUAGAAAAAUGAGAAUGGCAAAUGGUUUCUUCUCAUUUUUCAUGGCAGUUGGUAACAUUUUAGGGUAUGGAGCAGGAUCAGCACCAGCAUUGUACAAAAUUGUGCCAUUUACAAAAACAACAGCAUGUGACACAUAUUGUGCAAACCUUAAAACUUGUUUUAUGAUUGACAUUCUACUACUCGUUAUCGUUGUCGUUAUCGCUCUUGUUGCUGUGGACGAACCUCCAAUUGACGAUAUUAUAGAUGAUGGAAUCCCAUUUUUUACCCAAGUUAAAACCUCAUUUAAGAAUCUUGGAAAGCCUAUGUGGCUUCUUUUCCUUGUUACUGCCUUCAACUGGAUUGCUUGGUUCCCAUUCUUGAUGUUUAACACUGAUUGGGUUGGUCUUGAGAUCUAUGGUGGUAAUCCACAGGGAAAUGCAGGACAAAUGAGGUUAUAUGACAUGGGAGUAAGAACAGGGGCACUAGGGCUACUGUUGACAGCAGCAACAUUAGGAUGCAUGUCUCUUUGUAUAGACCCAUUGUCAAAAAUGUUAGGGGGUGCUAGAAGAUUAUGGGGUCUUGUUAAUUUCGUCUUAGCUGCUGCUUUAGCAUGCACAUUACCAUUGACUAAAGCUGCUGAAAAAGCUAGAAGACAUAUGCCUCCUAAUGUUCCUCCUUCUUCACACAUCAAAUCUGCCACUUUGGGGCUCUUCGCCGCCACUGGCAUUCCCCAAGCCGCUACUUUCAGUAUUCCAUUUGCAUUGGCAUCAAUGUUCUCAUCUGACUCUGGUGCUGGCCAUGGCCUUUCCUUGGGAUUGAUGAAUUUGGCAAUUUGUGUACCACAGAUGUUUGUGUCAUUAAUUAGUGGACCAUGGGAUAAAAUAUUUGGAGGUGGAAACUUACCUGCAUUUCUACUAGGUGCAGUUGCAGCAGUGAUCAGUGGGAUUUUAGCUAUUUUUGUUCUGCCUCCUACAAGUUCAAAUGCUUGAUACUCUUUCUUUUUUUUGGUUGCAUCAAUCAAUUAUAAUCCCUAUUGAGGUUGAGGAUGCUUUUUUAAUUCUUUAGUCAACCCUUUUGUAUUAAAAUUUUAUCCUUUACUAGGGCAAAAUUAUUCUCAAGGCUACUAUCUAUAUUGUGUAAAUGUGUAUAGUACAGUUACUUGCACAAACACACUUCUUUUUGUAGUCAUAAGAAUAAUUACAUUAUAUGAAAAAAAAAUUGAGUUUUCACUCAACUUUGUCUCAAUCAUGUUACUAGAACUUUUUUUUUUUGCUCGCAAUCUCAUUUGCUUACGCUUAUUCUUGGGGUUGUGCCCAUCUUGUUCACCAAAGAAAAUUAAUUUCCGAAAAUCUAUUGGAUUAUUUGUUGUGAUAAUUAUGAGAUUGUACAUGGAUGAGAAUCGAUAAAUGUAAUAAUUUGUUUUUUUAUGGGACAAUCACUAGUUUAUUUUACAAUUUUUUUUACCAUUGAAACUUUUUAUAUAUGUUUGAACUCAAUAUACUCUACGCGGUUUCAAGAUCGAAAAUAUAAGAACUAACAAGUCAUAACUCCCUAUGAUCAGAUGAACGUAUAAGGU